AUGGUCGAAGCCGACCGUCCGGGGAAGCUCUUCAUUGGAGGGCUCAACCUGGAAACCGACGAGAAAGCCCUCGAGGCGGCCUUCGGCAAGUACGGCCGCAUCAUCGAGGUGCUCCUGAUGAAGGACCGGGAAACCUCCAAGUCCAGAGGCUUCGCCUUCGUCACCUUCGAGAACCCCGCGGACGCCAAGGCCGCCGCCCGCGACAUGAACGGCAAGUCCCUGGAUGGUAAGGCCAUCAAGGUGGCCCAGCUGCCGCCGCCGCGCCGCGACCCCUACCUGGGCCCGCGCGACGACGGCUACUCGCCCCGGGAGAGCUACUCGAGCCGCGACUACGGGAGCGCCCGCGACCCGCGCGACUUCGCGCCCUCGCCGCGCGACUACAGCUACCGCGACUAUGGCCACUCGAGCGCCCGCGACGAAUGCCCUUCCAGGGGCUACUGCGAGCGCGACGGCUACGGGGGCCGCGAGCGCGACUACGCCGAGCACCCCAGCGGAGGCUCCUACCGAGACCCCUUCGACGGCUACGGGGACCCGCGGGGCGCCGGCCCUGCCCGAGGUCCGCCGCCAUCUUACGGCGGAGGCCGCUAUGAAGAGUACCGCGGCUGCUCGCCCGACGGCUACGGCGGCCGCGACAGCUACCGCAGCGAGCGCUACUCGAGUGGCCGCGAGCGCGUGGGCAGGCCGGAGCGUGGGCUGCCGCCGCCUGUGGAACGAAGCUGCCCGACCCCGCGCGACUCGUACAGCCGCUCGGGCCGCCGGGCGCCCCCCAGGGGCGGAGGCCGAGUGGGAAGCCGCCUGGAGCGAGGUGGAGGUCGGAGCAGGUACUGA